AUGACACAUGGAGCUGCAAGUCCAACGGCAUUCAUGCCCCGUCGAUUGAGAGUAGUUGUCAUUGGCGCUGGGAUAUCCGGAAUCCAAAUCGCACACGAUAUCACCUCGCGGAUGAGGAACAUUGAUCUGAAGAUCUACGACAAGAACGAAGGCCCCGGGGGCACCUGGUUCGAGAAUCGGUACCCAGGAACCUCGUCCUGGCUGACCACGUUCAAGCAUGAGACUACCCAGGAAGAGACCAUCGUCGAGGCGGAUGUCUUCGUCUAUGCUGUUGGACGGCUGAAUAAUUACAAACUCCCGGACUUCAACGGGAGGGGUGGAUUUCGCGGCGACAUUUGCCAUACAGCGUGUUGGCCAAAGGGCCUAGUAGUGUCGGGAAAACGAGUCGCUGUUUUGGGAAACGGCUCCAGUGGAAUGCAAUGCGUCGGUGCCCUGCAGUAUGAAGCUGCAGAGCUGAUCAACUUCUGUCGAAGCCAAACGUGGGCUGGUCCUGGGCUUUUCGACGAGAAUAAAAGGUUCACGGAGGAAGAGAAGCUUGAGUUUGCGAAUAACCCCGACUUGUAUCACAAGUAUCGCACCCAGCUCGAGCGGCAGAUCGCAUCCGCUUUUCGUGUGCUCUGGAAGAAUACCCCAGCGCAUCACGAAAUGCGAGCACGGGUGGAGUCCUACUACGAUCACAAAAUCCAGGAUCCGAACCUCCGAAGAAUGCUCCAGCCAGACUUUGCCCCAGCGUGUCGGCGGUGGACCAUCGGCGAUUCGUACAUCGAGGCCAUGCAGCAGCCGCAUGUGCAUCUAGUUCAGGAUCAUGUCGCUAGCCUGACUGAAAAUGGCGUGCGGACGUGCUCAGGAGAGGAGUACGAUUGCGAUCUUGUCGUUUGCGCCACGGGCUUUGAGCCCUACGCCUCCCGCUUCCCAGUUAUCGGACGAGACGGAAUUAGCUUGAAUGAUUGCUGGGGUCCGCAAGGCGACUGUGAAAGCUACAUGGCAAGCAUGGUGGCUGGAUUUCCCAACUUCUUUGCUUUCCAUCCACCUCAUUGUCCUGUUAACGGCUCUGUCAUCCCGGGCAUCGAACGGACGUCCGACUACAUCAUCCGGAUCCUGACGCGACUGCAGACUGACUGUCUACGAUCAGUUAGUGUCAAGCCCGAAGCGCAGCAUCAAUUUGUCCGCUGGGCUCAAUCCCGCAUGGCUCACAUGUCGUGGUCUGAUCCAUGCAGCUCAUGGUACAAGAACAAAGAAGGGCGAGUAGUGGUUCCAUGGCCGGGAACCAACCACCAUUACUAUGCCGCCACAGAGAUCGUUCGUUGGGAGGAUUUCGACCUCCGUUUCGAGGAUCCGACACAAAAGUAUGCGAGCUUUGGGAAUGGGGUGACAGAAGAUGGCUUCGCACCUGAGUUCAUCCCUUGGGUGCUGACACCGCAGGGGCAACAGCGCGGCAAUUUUGCCAACCGCCGUGGUUUCGAGUCCCGACAGGUACUAGUCGACCUGCCCAUCCUAUAUGAUCGGUAA